AUGAUCAACGAGACGAUAGGUAGCGGCUUAAAGGGAGCAACGGUUAAGGAGCAGGCUCGUAGCCCUGCUGUGGGGUCUUUAAGGUCUUUUACUCCUGUUGGUCAAAGUAGUGGUUCGAAAUGCGAAGAGCGGGAGCAGGGAUUUAAGUGCCACAGUGGGGAUUCGAUAGAGCUCUCUUGGAGUUAUGGGCGUGAUUCACCAUGCUCAGAGUCCUGUGCGACUAUUUUUGAUGAUACUCUAGUGAGUUUACCCAAAAAGUACUUGGAGCAGGAUGUUGAUGAUGAACAGAUGCCACGGUUGGCUGGCCGCCGUAGACACUGUUCGCAUUCAAAGAAGGGCUGGUGGCUGGGUAAUGAAGGCGUAAUUGACUAUAAUGCCGUGGUUCCGGCGGUUGUCCGUCCGACGACCACGACUAACUGGCUCAAGCCAUUGAUGGCCUUCCAGGGAUAUCAAAUAUCUGGAUAUAAGAAGUACCAGGUUCACGUUCUAUUGCAGACCGUGGAGCUUCCCGCUCUUCAGCAUCCGUCGAGCACCACUAGCCCCCAUAUGACUGGGUUUCUAACUAUAAGAGGCCUGACUAACCAGCAUCCAGAGAUAACUACUUUCUUUGAGGCUUUUGCUGUGAAUGAAACCAUAGGUUUCAUCUCAAGUAGCAUGCCUUUCGAAUUGGACGACUACAAGUCCACCGAUAGGGUUGAUUUAGAGCACUGGCUCAACUUCCCGAGCUUUAAGGAGCUAUGCAUGUUGAACGACAGUAAUAUAAUGUCUGAUAUUAUGGAGGGCAACUAUACACAUCGCGAUUACCUUGCCAGGCGAUACAUAUUCAUGCGGUGGAAAGAGAAAUUCCUGGUACCCGACGAAGAAGUAGGAAAUGUAGAAGGUGCUUCCUAUGAUGGCUACUAUUAUAUUGUGCAUGAUCAAAUAACUGGCAAUGUAUUAGGAUUUUACUAUCACAAGGAUGCUGAAAAGUUCCAGCAGUUGGAAUUGACUCCUAUUUACCAGAUGAGGAAAGGUGUAUGCAAGUUUGAUUUUACCUGA